AUGGCCGCAUCUAAUAUUUCUAAAAUAUUUUUAUUAUGCUUACCAAAAUGUGCAACUAAAUCCUCAAGGUAUGUUAACUUAUCAUCUAUUAAAUCAUCUUCUGAACAAACCGAUCAAAUUGUCAAAUCUGAUAAUAAAAUAGAACAUGCCAUUCUACCAGUAAUACCGAAUGUUUUAUUUAAUGACGAGAUAGAAUCUAAUCUCCUAUCAACAGAUGAAGAUAGAAUAAUAUCAAAAGGAUUAUUGCCGAAUAUUAAUGAAUAUUCUAUUUCGGAUGAUUCACAAUCUCCAAAGUGUCUAAAAUGUAACGAGGAUUUAAGUAGCUGGGAUUGUGUAAAUGGCGUUCUUUGCAAUUUCUGGUGUAACUCUUGUGAAUCUCAAGAAUUACAGCGAAAUUUCUCAAAUUGGACUAGUGGUAAUUCAGAUAUUGAUAAAUUGGUUCAAGAAUCACAAUUGAAUAUUGGAUACACAAUGAGCUAUUUGGAGUGGAUCCCAUUUGACCGGUUGACGGAUAUGAAAUUUUGGGAGAGAGGUGGUGAAAGAACUGUGGCUGUAAAACGCUUACAUAACUCUGCAAAUAUAAAUCCUGAAUUCUUGAAUGAGUUAAAAUUACAUUUACAUAACUUUCGGGAUUCAUAUAUUCUACAAUAUUUUGGUAUUUCACGGCAUUUGAAUACAGGAGAUUUCAUGAUAGUAAUGGAAUUUGCUAACAGAGGGAAUUUAAGAAAUUAUUUACAAUCUGUUCCAAAUUUAUCUUGGUCACAGAAAAUAGACAUUCUUGAAUCUCUCGUAAUCGGUUUAUCUCAAUUACACAACAAUGCAGACUUAUCUCAUAAAAACUUUCAUCCGGGUAAUAUUCUUAUCUCUAAUCUCGGCUUCCCUGAUGACGAACCAAUCAUUGUUACAUCCGUUAGUGAUUUUGGUUUAACGAAACCUGCAAAACUUUAUAAUACAAAAGCUGGUGAUUUUUAUCAACAAUUCAAAGAAGCUGAUGAAAAUAAACACAUAGAAAGUCCAAUAAUUUCCAUACACGCUCAGGCAAUUUAUAAUAGUCGUCCUCUUAAACAAUUCACUAAACACACUACAAUAUCAUAUGAAGAAUCGUUAGAAUCUAAUAGUUUUUAUGAACAUUCUAGGCAUAAUUCAACAGGUCCACUGAUCCAACAUGACGAUAUUUAA